GUGUCUAUCUGUAGCCCAAAUCAUUAUCAAUCGAAUCGAAUCAGAAAGAAAAAAAGAAAAAAAAUUUUUUUUGACGAUUUUCAAAUACCAAUAAAUUCGAUUACGUGAUAUAUUUGUUUUUUUGUAUGUUUUGAAGAUAAUUUAUCUUACCACUGAUCAACAUUAUCAUCAUAAUCAUCAUCAUCACAAGAAAAAAAAAUUUAGAUAACAAAAUGGCUGAAAAUGUUCAAAUGAACGGUGAUAUUGUUGUCGUCGAUGUUAAUGCUAAUAAUAGUAGUGGUUGUAAUGAACCCGAAACAGCAAAAGCAUUUGCAAAACAAUAUAUUGAAGAAAAAUUUGUUCAACAAAUUGCCGAAAAGAUGAGCACAUUCGAUCAGGAAACAAUGGAUAUGAACAUUCAUCAAUCUCCAGUAACUACUACUGUUGUGGUUGAAACAACAACAACAACAACGCCCACCGUCAAUGGUAAUGCUACAGCAAUUCAAGAUGCUGAUAAUGAUGAUCAUCCAUUGAAUAAUAAUGUUCCAACUGUUACUGUGACUUUAGCUGAAGAAACGAAAAACCAAUCAGAAUCGGAUGUUGAAAAUGAACAAGCACAGUUUGUGGAUGCAAGUGAUUCGAUUAUAGAAACACCAGCUACUGAUGUUACAAUGGAAGAAACAGUCACAGAAGAACCAGUAACAGGUGUCACGUUGGAGGAAACAGUCCAAGAUGUACCAGCAAAUGAUGUUACGAUUGAAGAAAAACUUCCGGAAGCAGUUGUUGCUGAUGUGAUUGUAGAGGAAACAAUUAAAGAGUCGCCAGCAACCAACGUUACAACCGAGGAAAUCGUACAACAAUAUCCCGUAACAGAUGUUACAAUGAAAGAAUCGGUUCCAGAAGCUCCAGCUACAACAAAUGUUACUGUUGAGGAAACAAUUCCAGAAUCACCAGCAACAAAUCACCAUGAGACUAUGGAGGAAUCGUCACCCGUAACAUCAAUUACAACUUCGGAAUGUGAAAAAGAAUCAUCAUUGGAAUCAUCACCUGUAACUAAUGUUGUAAUGGAAAUGACAAACGGUCCACGAACAUCCAAUGCAUGA